UAGUUAGGAAUGUGAUUAAUAGAAAGAAUGAGAAUCAUUUACUACUCACAGCUGAUCGAAACGACGAAGAUUCCAAUUAUUAGAAAAUGAGAUGGAGACGUACAUAAGAGGAAUUAAGUAUAGUGCAUUUUAGCAUAUAAUUAACCGAAGUAUUUUCACAUGAAAUAUUCAAAAUUUGCCUUAGUAAUUAGCAAUGCCUAUCUCUCUUACUCUCUAUCUAUAUAAACUCACACACACCCACUCACAUAUAUCUCCUAUCAUUCAUCGUCUCUCUCUGUAUUUCUCAGAACUAAAAUCUCUCUAUAUGACAAAAAUUCCCAACAUGACGACACUCAACCAGCUGUUUGAUCUGCCGGGGCAGGUUUGCCAUGUCCAGUGUGGUUUUUGCACCACUAUUUUGCUGGUGAGUGUACCGUUCACGAGCCUGUCAAUGGUGGUGACUGUGAGAUGUGGGCAUUGCACAAGCCUUCUCUCUGUUAAUUUGAUGAAGGCUUCCUUCAUUCCUCUUCAUCUCCUCACGUCUCUCUCUCAUAUGGAUGAGAAGGGGAACGAGGAGGUUGCAGCUACAACAGAUGGUGGUGUGGAAGAAGAAGCGUGGAAGGUGAAUCAGGAGAAGGAGAACAGUCCAGCGACUUUGGUUACAUCUUCAGACAGUGAAGAUGAAGAUAGAGAUGUUUCUCGUGUUUACCAAGUUGUCAACAAACCACCUGAGAAACGACAACGAGCUCCUUCCGCUUACAAUUGCUUCAUCAAGGAAGAGAUCAGGAGGUUAAAGGCUCAGAAUCCAAGCAUGGCUCACAAAGAAGCUUUCAGCUUAGCUGCCAAAAAUUGGGCCAAUUUCCCUCCAGUGCAAAACAGGAGAGCUGCCUCGGAUCAAUGUUUUUGCGAAGAUGACAACAAUGCACUACUAUCAUGCAACGCUCUCGGGGACCAUGACGAGAGCAAUAAUGGAUUCCGAGAGAGAAAGGCCCAAAGGCAUUCCAUUUGGGGAAAAUCUCCAUUUGAUUAAUAACAAUUUGGCAAAUGAAAUGUGAUGGUGACUAUCUUCUUCUAUCUAGGGUUUGAUUUUGUUGUUUUUAAGGUUCUUGUUGUUGGAGAGAGAAGGGAGGGUAAGGAUCUGAAACUUACGUAAGCUUUGGGUAUUCGAGGAGAGUCUUACGAAUGAUCAGCGAGAUCAGUAUUUUUGUACUUCUUAGCUUUGAACUUAAUUUAAAGAGACACUGACUCUAUAUCAAAUCCUACUUUUGCAUU